UAGCAUUCUCCUGUUGAAACACGUCUCGUCUUUGACUUUCUCUGACUAGACAUGGUUCACGUCGACAAAUGUCAUUAUGGCACCACCAAAGACGGCCACAAGGUCGAAAAGUACACUCUAAAGAAYGAUCAUGGUACAGAGGUGGAUGUCAUUACGUUUGGGGCCAUUGUUGUAGCAAUAAAAUGUCCCGAUCGCGAUGGGAAAAUUGAUGACAUUGUUCUUGGAUAUGACAAUCUUGAAGGUUAUCUGGAAAAUCCUAACCAUUUUGGGUCAACUGUUGGCCGUUUUGCAAACAGAAUUGCAAAUGCACGGUUUACUCUUGACAACAAGGAGUACAAGUUGUCUUGCAAUGAUCCCCCAAAUCUUUUACAUGGUGGCUUCCUUGGGUUUGAUAAGAAACUAUGGGAAGCCACCAUGGGAGAUGAUCAUGUGACCUUUAGCUACACUAGCGGUGAUGAUGAAGAAGGGUUCCCUGGUGAACUUCAUGUCCUUCUUACAUACACCUUGACAGAAGAUAAUGAAUUAAGACUCAGUUACAGAGCUAACACUACCAAACCAACUCCUGUCAAUUUGACAAAUCAUUCUUAUUUCAACUUGGCAGGUCAGGUAACCGAUGAUGUGUUGGAUCACAUUCUUUGGGUGGAUGCAGACACAUAUUUACCAGUUAAUGAAGUACUCAUACCAACAGGAGAGAAGAGAGAGGUAUCAGGAGAACCARAUGGUGCAUUUGACUUCAGAACUGCCAAACCAAUUGGUAGAGAUAUCAAUAAARUCACUCCACCMGGCUAUGACCAUAAUCUAUGUUUGUCAAAUGGUUAUGGUCUUAAAGCAAGGUUAACUCAUCCUAAGAGUGGUCGUGUCCUUGAGGUGUAUUCUGACCAACCAGGGGUGCAGUUAUACACUGGUAAUUUUCUUGAUAGCAUUGGUAAAGGCGGCUUGCACUACAAGAAAUACGGAGCUGUUUGUCUGGAGACUGAACACUUCCCUAAUGCUAUUAAUGAGCCAUCAUUUCCUAAUUGUGUUGUUCWCCCUGGCAAAGAGUACARACAAGAAAGUGCGUUGAAAUUCUCAACGCAGUCUUUAAGUUUGUGGAAUAAYUGUAUAAUUGAUUAAAUGCCAUCAUGUGCACUCAGAUUGUAGAGACAAAAGAAAUAAUUAAUGUCUCAUUURAUGAGACUAGAUGAAUAAAAAAAACAUUUUUAACAAUAAAGACAAUAGUUGCAGCCAUAGCAUGUGCUUCAGUAUAGGAAGUAACAGGGAAUAAUAUGUAAUACCUAUUGUCUUUGACAAUGUUUUAUGUUAAUUUGCUUCAGUACUUGAAUAACUGUUAGUCAAUGACAACCCACACAGACAAUAUAAUGUCAUGAAUAAACAACACUGAUGCUUU